UUCGGCUUCAGCCCGGAACUGUUGUUUCGGGAUCGGCAGAGCACCGGGCCCCGGGAAAGUGCUCCACCGGAAGUGGCCGCUGAAGACUUGGGACAAGAAUUGGCGUGCGGGCCUGCCGCGGCGGUUAACUAGUAGUAGAGAAUUAGAAUGGAGGCCGUGGCGGCGGCGGCGACGGCGACGGCGAAGGAACCCGAUGAAGGCUGCACAGGGCCCAGUACUGGGCACUGGGGGGAGCUGAGCUGGACACCUGUCCCCCCCAGACCCCAGGACAAGGUGAAAGCAGCAGAGGGAGCACCAGAGGCCCUGAAUGACGCGCCCCCUGGGGUGGAGAAUGCGGCGCUGAGUGCCAUGCUGCGGGCCGUGGCUGCCAGCCGCCUGCCCGUGUGCAGCCAGCAGCAGGGCGAGCCCGACCUGACCGAGCAGGAGAAGGUAGCCAUCCUGGGCCGGCUGUACCAUGAGAAGCCGCUGGUGUUCCUGGAGCGCUUCCGCACGAGCCUCCGCGAGGAGCACCUGGCCUGCUUCGGCCACUUGCGCGGUGACCAUCGGGCAGACUUCUACUGUGCUGAGGUGGCCCGGCAGGGCAGCGCCCGACCCCGUACCCUGCGCACCCGCCUGCGUAACCGGCGCUACGCUGCCCUGCGUGAGCUCAUCCAAGGUGGCGAGUACUUCAGUGACGAGCAGAUGCGGUUCCGGGCCCCGCUGCUGUACGAGCAGUACAUCGGGCAGUACCUAACCCAGGAGGAGCUCAGCGCCCGCGCCCCGGCCCGCCGNNNNCCCGAGCCCGGCGCCCCCGGCCCCGCCUGCCCCCUCUCCGACCUGCUGCUCCAGUCCUGCGAGGAGCGGGAGCUGCAGCAGCGGCUGCUCCAGCAGCAGGAGGAGGAGGAGGCCUGCCUGGAGGAGGAGGAGGAGGAGGAGGAGGAGGAGGAAGACAACGAUGAGGAAGACCAGGGCCCUGACAAAGACGCAGAGGCCUGGGUCCCUGACUCGGAGGAGAGGCUGAUCCUGCGGGAGGAGUUCACCAGCCGAAUGCACCAGCGCUUCCUGGACGGCAAGGACGGCGACUUUGACUACAGCACGGUGGAUGACAACCCCGACUUUGACAACCUGGACAUCGUGGCGCGGGAUGAGGAGGAGCGGUACUUCGAUGAGGAGGAGCCCGAGGAGGCGCCCAGCCCAGAGCUGGAUGGGGAUUGAGGGCCGUGCCGCCGCCCACCCUUCCCGUGACUUCCUCCAGGGGACAGCAGGGCAGCCGCCCUACACCCCCGGGUGCCUUCCUGGCCCACCCCCGCCCCCUCCCUGAGUGGGGCUCCCUACCUUCCCUGCACUCUCCUCCCCCACCCCUGCUCUCUCUCACUAGCUUUUCUCCAUCCCGCCCCUCUUUCUACGCAUCACUCUCUUUUUCCUCUCUGCCUUUCUCUCUCGCCCCUUCUGUGGGCCUCGGCCUCCAGUCCUCCCCUUGAUGGAGGCCGGCGGCGCCCUUUGUGGCUGGGGCCGGCCGGGCCAGUGCGGGGUCCUGGGCCUCAGGUGCUUCCUGCCUGCACGCCCCCACCUCUCAGCCUCCAUGCCACCUGCCUGUGGCCCUCCGCCUCUCAGCUUCUCUCUCUCUGGUUUCAGGGUCGUCUCCCUGCCCCCCCACCCCGCUGCUGAGGAAGAAGCCUCACUGGGGAGGCUACCAGCUCCCACCUCUCCCCUCAGGACGCAGGCUUGGGAGGGGGUGUGGGAGCACUGGGGCCAUGGGCCUGCAAGCUUGGGUGUGGAAGGAGGGGGCCUGGGGAGGGGGGGCUCUCCCCUCUCUGCCCCACCGGCCAGCCCCUCUCUGCCUGGCCACCACAAUUUUCCCUUCCUUCACUUCCUCCGCCUCCUUCUCCCUCUCCUGUUUACACUCCCCAAAUACACACAGGCUGUUAUCAUGGGUCCUGAGUCAUCCCACACACACACAGCCUGCCCCAGCCUCCCUGCCCCCAGCUGGCCACAGGGCCCGCCCCACAGAGCCCCCCGCUGCCCCAGGCUAAUGGGAGCCAGAUGGCCUCUUGGUGACUCAGCCACUGGCCUGUGGGAACCCAGGCGUCCUGCCUUCCCAUGCCCCCAUACCCGACUCCUGCUCCCCCAGUAGACACACACACAGGGGGUCAGCUGUUGGUGGGGGGCACAGGCCACGGGUCAGAGAGAGAGGGCCUGGGGACCCCUCACUGCUUUGAGCCAGAAUGGGGACACCCUGUUAACAGCCAGGCCCGAAGACACUCAAAACCACCUCAGGCAUGUGGCCCAGAGUAAAGGGGAGACCCCCAAGGCCUCCGGGGACCACAACUCUUGACCCCUGGGCCUCAGCUCUGCCCUCUGGGUCAGCCAGAACUAGAGUCAGACACAGACAGAAAGUGAGAGCUGGCCUAGAGGCCGAGGGCCAUUCACACGGAGAGACCAUUAAACGAGGAACUUCGGUCACGGAGUGGUGCUAGCCUAUUCCAGGCCUCAUGGGCCUGAUGCCCCACGGAGUCCUCCAAACAGCCCCACGAACCAGAGACCGGGCUCCAUUUCACAGGUGAGGGGAGGAGGCCAGGGGGGAGAUGGUACUGGCUUGAGGCUGCACGGCCAUCAAAGAAAAACCAGGUCUAGAACCUCACAGGUCCUAGAGACCAUUCUAGCCUGUGUGUCAGCUGUCAGGGCCACUGGGAGCGGACAGACGCAUGGACUUCCUCAGAAAGGCCAAGAAGAGACUGUCGAGGGUGAUGCCAGCAGCUAACACUCUGAGGCCCUCCCCACGUGCUCAGCACCAUCCUGCUCACAGGCUUGGAAUCGUCUGGAUGGUGUUUUAGGCAGCACCUGGACCAGAGCCAUCGCGGCGGUCCUACUCCACACGUCCUGCCAGUAUUGACGCCCCGGCUCCCAGAGUAGCCCCCCCCCCCACCCCGAUCGGCUGGCCGGCCAGACUCCCCCCUCCGAGAGCCAGAGGACAGAAGAUGUUCGUCCCUUGGGUGUGCGUGUGCGUCGAGAGAACUUUCUAACCCAGGGAGCAGCCCCGAGUGAGGUGUGGAUUUCCAUCAGUCGGUCGACAACGCUGUUUGUGAUAUGCCUCGCCGCACACGGAUUUGUUAUAUAAUAAAAAGCGAUGAGAGACACA